GAGGAAUCAAAGAUGAACUUGGAGCAGGAGAGGCCUUUUGUCUGCAGUGCCCCAGGCUGCUCACAGCGUUUUCCAACAGAGGAUCAUCUGAUGAUUCACAGGCACAAACAUGAAAUGACUUUGAAGUUUCCUUCAAUAAAAACAGAUAAUAUGUUAUCAGACCAGACUCCUACACCAACACGCUUCCUGAAGAACUGUGAGGAAGUGGGCCUCUUCAACGACAUCGAUUGCUCACUAGAGCACGAGUUUAGGAAGGCACAAGAAGAAGAGAACAACAAAAGGAAUAUCUCCAUGCAUAACACAGUUGGAGGAGCAAUGGCAGGACCCGGAUCUCACCAGCUGACAAAUACAAGGAUGCCAAACCACGACACCAGCGUUGUGAUUCAACAAGCCAUGCCGUCUCCACAGUCCAGUUCGGUCAUUACGCAAGCACCUUCCACAAAUCGACAGAUUGGGCCUGUCCCAGGUUCUCUGUCUUCACUACUGCACCUACACAACCGACAAAGACAGCCUAUGCCUGCCUCUAUGCCUGGCACCCUGCCCAACCCCACCAUGCCUGGAUCCUCUGCUGUGCUCAUGCCUAUGGAGCGACAAAUGUCAAUGAACUCCAACAUCAUGGGGAUGCAGGGGCCGAACCUCAAUAAUCCAUGUGCUUCACCUCAAGUCCCCCCAAUGCAUUCAGAAGCCAAAAUGAGACUGAAGGCAGCGCUGACUCAUCAUCCUGCCGCCAUGUCAAAUGGGAAUAUGAACACCAUGGGCCACAUGAUGGAAAUGAUGAGCUCGCGGCAGGACCAGACGCCACACCAUCAUAUGCACUCACAUCCUCAUCAGCACCAGACGCUGCCACCUCAUCACUCAUACCCGCAUCAGCACCAGCAUCCGGCGCACCAUCCUCAUCCUCAGACUCAUCACCAGCAGAAUCAUCCCCACCACCACUCCCACUCGCACCUUCACGCGCACCCGGCACAUCACCAGACCUCGCCGCACCCCCCGCUGCACUCAGGCGGACAAGCACAGGUUUCGCCGGCGGCGCAGCAGAUGCAGCCCACGCAGACGAUACAGCCGCCCCCCGGCAGGAGCCCCCCGCCACAGCCGACCGGAGGUCGCCGGAGGAGGGUGGUGGACGAAGACCCGGAUGAGAGGAGACGGAAAUUUCUGGAAAGGAACCGAGCCGCCGCCACGCGCUGCAGACAGAAGAGGAAGGUCUGGGUGAUGUCACUGGAAAAAAAAGCAGAAGAGCUCACCCAGACAAACAUGCAGCUUCAGAACGAGGUUUCCAUGCUGAAAAAUGAGGUAGCACAGCUGAAACAGUUAUUGUUAACACAUAAAGACUGUCCGAUAACAGCUAUGCAGAAAGAAUCGCAAGGAUAUCUAAGUCCUGAGAGCAGUCCUCCCGCGAGCCCGGUCCCAGCUUGCUCCCAGCAGCAAGUCAUCCAGCACAACACCAUCACGACCUCCUCCUCCGUCAGCGACGUCGUGGGAAGCUCCACUCUCACCCAGCUCGCCAGCCACAGAACAGACAUCAACCCCAUCCUUUAAAAGUGGUUGAUCAGAAACUGCUAGGGGAGUGUGGUAGCGUAUCAAAGCGUCCUCUGUGCUAAGAACACUUGCAACCGUAACUCAAGCCUGGAAGAUUCCUCAGUUCUUGAAAGACUCUGGCUUUCAUUUUUAUAGUUAUUAAAAUGUCUUUUAUACUUAGUUACAUAAAAGGGAGUUAUGCAAUUAAUAUGCUAUCAGCUUGAGAAAUGCUUUGGUGCUUUCUCCAGUUUUUUUGGUACCAGUUACUUGUUUAUAAACCUAACUGUUUCUGUACAUAGUCACGUUUCCUUCUCACCAAUCUAGCCUGAAGCCUCAGAAAUACAGAGUUGUGUUAAACUGCAGCUUGUUAGCCAAUGUGAGGCAUGAAAAGUAUUAAACAGAGUCAUAUGUAGGUAACUAGGAGUAAUUAGGCUAUAAAUAUAGAGAGAGGGCAUCUGCUGACAGCAUAAUAAAAAAUGAGUUAGCGUUGUGCCAUCAGCAGACCCCGUCUUGCAUUGAGAGCCUCUUUCAAAGCGGUUAUAUAGGAUGUGGCUAUCAGGACAAAAUCAAGCCCAAAUAACGUGCUCUUUUGUGUAGCCCUCCCCCUUCUCCUCUCUUUCCUACCCUGCCCUUUUUCUCCUCCAGUUAUUCUUACACCUUCCUUUUCCCUUCCCAAACCCUUUUCAUCCCCCAGCUUUUUUUUCCUCCUGCCUUUUUUCAUUCCAAGGCUUUCUCGCUUCCCUCUCUUUUUCUCGAAGAAUGGUGAUGAACAAGCAAAAACUUCAAGCCCGCCUAAAAACUGUCGGCGCCGCUGCUGCUUUCACUAGCUUUUCACCCGCAGCUGGGCUGUGCCGAGCAUUUGGCUUUUAAAAAAUAGAAAUGCUCCUGAUUUAGUGUUUUUAAUAAACAGCAAAAGGCGAAAGCAGUGCAGCCCCAGGUGAAGCAGGAUUGAGAGCCAGCUGUGUUGAUGCUAG